GACACUAGGACACACAAAUAACCUAGCCAAUCGCGUCACUCUUGACUUGUGCGUUGUGGUCGAUAACCUAUCCUCGUUGAAGCGUUGUAGACGAGGUGAAUGGAUAUUCACAAUGCAUCGACUGCUGGAGCGGUUCUGAAGUUACAAUCGAAUACGACUCACACCACACAUUGGACUGCUCUUUCAACUUUGAACCCUGAGUCUCACCUUCAGACUGUAGAUGUGGCUUUCCUAAGAACCAACAGUCUCGAAGAAGAGGAGUGCUCGAUAGUGACGGACACCGUAGCGAAGGACGUCACAGCAGCGAGGAAGAGGCGCCGAGGGCAGGAGCAGUAGCGAUUUCGAAUGGCUUAGCUUCUGCCAGGGAGGGAAGAGAGGGGGUUUACCUCUCUGGGGAAAGGCUUUCCCUCAGCAGGACUCGACCUGCUUCUGUUCUCCUCUUCUUUUUCUCCUUCAGUUCUUUCCACAAAGGAGAGAGGAAGAGCUUUUGUCACCGCUCUUCUCUUUUGGUUUGUUUUAUAUCGGCUUUGAGGAGGAACAGGAACGAGACGCAGUGGAGUUGCACAGAGGGGAGCUACGCUACUGUUACCUCUAACACAGAAGACAUUCAGUCUAUGCUUGAACAGGCGUGUCUUCGUUGGCCCCUUUUGAAGGCAGCUUUGUGGCGUGAGCCUGCAACAGGAGUGCAUCAUCACCACUCCCUGUGGUUCCCCUGGUUACUGCACUGAAAAUCCGCUUUGAUGAGGUAACGCCGGGGCGACGGAGGACCAAACCGACCCAAACUAACAGCUUCCUCCUCCCCCCUUUCCACUCCCCCUUUCUCACCGCCACCAUGGGCCAGAAAAUCUCUGGCGGCAUCAAGUCAGUGGACAGUCGCGGCGAGGGCGGGUCACCCUCGUUCCGUCCCUCGGCCCACCGCCGGCUCCUCCACCCCGAGCUGCGGGGCACCGACUUCCACAAGCCACCACGGUUGGACCUACUUCUAGACAUGCCCGCCGCGCCUCCAGACCUACAGCUCCGCCACGCCUGGAACCCAGAGGAUCGCUCGCUCAACGUCUUCAUCAAGGAGGAGGACAAACUGACCUUCCACCGCCACCCUGUAGCCCAGAGCACCGACUGCAUCCGCGGUCAAGUGGGCUACACGCGGGGACUUCACGUCUGGCGGAUCCACUGGCCAGUGAGACAGCGAGGAACACACGCCGUGGUGGGAGUUGCCACCGCUGACGCCCCCUUACACUCGGUCGGCUACAUGGCGCUAGUGGGCAGUGACUCAGAGUCCUGGGGGUGGGACUUGGGCAGGAACCGACUGUACCAUGACAGUAAGAACCGGGCCCAGGCUUCCCUACCUUCAUAUCCGUGUUUCUUAGAGCCCGAGGAGGCUUUCGUAUUGCCGGACGCUCUUCUAGUGGUGUUGGAUAUGGACGAGGGCACGUUGAGUUUCACGGUGGACGGACAGUACCUGGGAGUGGCGUUCAGAGGCCUGAAGGGGAAGAAGCUGUACCCCAUCGUCAGCGCCGUGUGGGGCCACUGCGAGAUCAGCAUGAGAUACGUCAACGGACUGGAUCGCCCAGAUCCCCGUCAUCUAGCAGAAUGGAAGGAAAAUCAUAUCUAUUACCUAAACGGAAGAUUAAACUACCAACGUGACAUUCAGAACUGCAAUAUCUUAUGCUUCACGGAGAUGUGGCUGAACGACGAUGUUAUCAACAUACAGCUGGCUGGUUAUAUGCUGUAUCGGCAGGACAGAACAGUGCCGUCUGCGGAGCCCCUCCCCCUGAUGGACCUGUGUCGUCGGGCCGCCCGGGUCGCGUUGGGUCGAGAGCGCCUACAGGAGAUAGAGACCCUGCCCUUACCACAGUCUCUCAAAAAUUACCUUCAGUACCAAUGACCAGAACCGUACCGCCUGACCAGACCCGUACCAAUGACCAGACCAGUACCUCACACCACCAACUGGGACCAUCCGGACAGAAACCAUGAUGAACUAAGUGUAAUAGAAGAACGAGAGGGGGAUUGAAUGAAUGCGGGCAGACAACGGAAGCGGAAUGUUUACACUGUGGGCUGUCGCUCUGCGAUUAAUGGAUGGACACUUGAGUUCAGAUUUUUGACGGGAGGAUGAUGGAUACUCGAGUAUCGGGGUUUUAACCCAUUUUGGACUUUUUUAAUGAUUGAUGGCUGUAGCUCUCCUCCAAUGAAGACCCUAUUUGACAGAAUGGUAUGGUCCACAGUCACUUUUAAGUAUGGCAAUAAGUGGUGGUUUUAGGAGGCUACCUGCUGGUUGGAGUGAGAACUGCGCCUUGAAAGCACACAAACUAUCCCGGGAGGCUUUUGAACUCAGAUCACUGCUACUGGGUACACUAUACUCAAGGUCUCCUACCAUGUCAGUCCAAUCAGCAGACAGACACAGGACAUUUCUACAGGGCUCAAAUGUGUCCAUUUUGAGUUCAACAGGCCUGGAAUCCACUGGUACCAUACAAUAUCUUCCCCGCUGUGUUAAAGGACCCAUUAAAGAACUAUGCCAGUCUAGGCAAACCUAGUUUUUCUGGAUCUACAUCAAGUAAUGCAAGGGGAAACUGUAGUACACAACUACAUGAACAAUGGCACAGCAGCCAUUUGGGGAGGGGGGUGGGUUCAAGGAUGGUUAUGGAUGACCACACACACACCUAGCAAUCAUUUUUUUCUCAAAAAGCUUGAGUCACUUUUGUAACUUCUAAGUUUGUACCCUAUAUUUUAUAGUGAGUGUGGAUUAUAAUUUUGAUGACGAUGAUGAUAUGAUGAUGAUGUUAUUUAUUUAUCAUGAGGUAGUUCCUUUUUAAAAUUGAUCAUGAUGGUUACGUUCAGGUAAAUAUACUACACCAAUAUGGGAGAUGAUGAUCAGCUCUAUCACCCGUAGGCUUUUCUUAACAGGAUGCUGCUUUUAUUAUUAUGAUCGCUGAUGGUUUUAAUCUAUAUCUGCCUGCUGGGAUGAGACACCCGGGUCAUACUGGGGCACACAGUGGAAUGUAUGGACAGUGAUGUCAUUAGCAGAUCUGAAAUGUGAAUAAAAGCAAAGUGAAGGAAAAA